AUGGGCCUUGAAACACUAGACCCUAGUGACUUUUUGAUCUUCGAUAAGACAUAUUCCGAGCGUCUCAACCUUCGACGGUCCUUGGUUGAGCAACAUCCUGAAGAUGUCAUAGGCAUCACUGAUGACUAUGAUUCCCGCAUUCAACUUGCCGUUCAGGAACUGUACAGCUACCUCUUCAAGACCUAUCUACCUUCUCGCUAUCCGUCGAUUUUCAAGACGCACUGUGACAAGACCUACUCUCUCAUCACGGUGAAAAAUCUUGUCACAGGGAAGAUCAUACCCGCAGAUGCAGAGUCGAUAUCUCUGCCCGCCGCGUUGGCGAUCAUUUCAGAAAAUGUAGAUGAAGACUUUUUCAUCCUUUUACCGCAUCAAGUAAAUGAGAACAAGACAUCCGCUGAAACCGUCUAUGUCCUAGAAGCCUAUUCUGCGUGCUUCCCAUCUGGGUUCCAACCCAGAGACAAAAUCGGAAAAAGGUUGGCCGACAUCCACGGCCCGGUUCCAAAAUACAAGGAGAAGCUUCAAAAGAGCAUGGACAGGUUCUUCGCACGCCUUGAGGUGGGCCGCUUGGUGAAGCGAGUCAACUGGGCCGUCACUGUGGACGAGGAGCUUUAUUCCAACUUUGACAAAAGUGGACCCGCAUUCGAGGGGACGCUGAAGAAAAUGACCGUGGAUGACUUGGAUCUGAAUAAGACAUUCCUCCGUAGCGAGCGCCAGACGCUGCAUCGUCUUCCAGCAUCAAAUGCUAUUGUAUUCGCUUUUCAUACUUAUCUCUAUCCUAUUCAAGAUAUCAAGGCGGAGGGCAGUGCUGAGGAUCUUGCUUUGGCCAUCGAUGGGCUGCAAAGUGGAAGUGUGCCUGAGAUAUUUACAUAUAAGAACGGGGAUAAGUGGGCAGAUGCUGUAAAACAAUAUCUUAGAAGCUAA